ACUGUACUUGGGUACGUAUCAAGCUCUAUGGGUGGUCGUAGUAAGAAUAUUGAAUCUGAUAGCUCUAGACUUAUAGAAGCACAGGAAGACUACCAACCUAGGUUUAAGCAUAAGUGGAAGCACGCCGUGAAGGUUAGCUCCAUUGAAAUAUCCGUGCCUAUCUCUUAUGCUUCUACAUCCGUCCUCUUAUCCCGCCUUCUCCCCGUUAAGAUUUAGGACUUAGAAACAUCUUCAGACCUAGCACCGACGAGCUUUUGACAAUACGACUUAGUCUUUUUUUCGUAUAAUUUCUCAUAACAUUACUUAUAUUUGAUAUUGUUGUAUCUGCACCAACAGAGCUGUCCCGCUGCAGGGAUUAAUCAACCGCUACGAUGGACCAGCAGCAUGCUGGUAGCACUUCUUUCAACUCGAUGGCAUUUCCCAUGCCUUUCCGGCCAGGCACACCUAACACAGACAGGAGCCCUUCGGGAGAUGAAAGAAUAGACGCCCACUCGUCGCGAAGGCUGGGCACUAUAAACCCUUUCGCAUCGCCGUCGAUUUCACGGCCAGCUUCUAGCUAUGAAAGCUCUGAUAUCCCUGUGCAGGGCUCCGGCCCGCGAUACUUCCAUUCGCGAAGGGUGAAAAAGGGUGAAUUAGAGAAGCCAUGGCUUGACAAGAAGGAUCCAAAGGAGAAGUGGGUUACUAUCAUUCCCAUCCUGGGCAUACUUGUCGGCCUAGGAAUUUCUGGAUUUCUAGUAUGGGACGGAAUACGAAGUGUUGUUAAACACAACUACUGUCUGGUGCUUGAGGAUGAAUUUGCGACUUUUAACGACGCUGUCUGGACUAAGGAGGUCCAGGUAGGCGGCUUCGGCAAUGGCGAAUUUGAGCAGACCACAGGAAAUGACGAGAACGUCUAUGUCCAGGGCGGAAGCCUUUUCAUCAAACCUACACUCCAGAAUGCGGAUCUGAUUGACAAAGACUCCUUGAUCAAUCUCCUGGAGGAUGGUACUUGUACUUCAACGGUGCCAUCUGACUGUAUAGCAGCCACCAACACCACCGUUGGCAAUGCUACCAUCGUGCCUCCGACGAAGUCCGGCCGAAUCAACAGCAAGAAAGGGGCAACCCUCAAGUAUGGGCGCGUCGAGGUGACGGCCAAACUUCCACAGGGAGAUUGGCUCUGGCCGGCCAUCUGGAUGAUGCCCGUCAAAGAUACGUAUGGGCCUUGGCCAGCCAGCGGCGAGAUCGACAUUAUGGAGAGCCGGGGAAAUAAUUGGACGUACGCCCAAGGCGGGAACGACAUCAUCUCCUCGACUCUACACUGGGGACCCGAUCAAGCCAACGACGCUUGGUGGAGAACUAACGUGAAGCGCGAGGCACUGCACACCACGUACUCGGCUGGAUUCAACACCUUCGGCCUCGAGUGGUCUCAAAAGUAUCUCUUCACCUACGUCAACUCGCGUCUCCUCCAGGUUCUCUACACCAACUUUGACCAGCCCCUCUGGCAGCGUGGAAAUUUCCCCGAGGCCACCAGCAACGGUACACGGCUCGUGGAUAACUGGUCGCAGACGGGCCGUGACAACACGCCGUUCGAUCAAGAAUUCUACCUUAUACUGAACGUUGCCGUCGGCGGUACCAACGGAUGGUUUGAGGACGCGCAGAGCGGCAAGCCUUGGAUCGACGGCAGCCCUAACGCAAAGAAGGACUUUUGGAAUGCGCGGAACACGUGGUUGCCCACAUGGACAAGCCCGGCCAUGCAGGUCAGCAAGGUCAUAAUGUGGCAACAGUGCGACGGCAAUGAAGAGUUAUAGAAUAUGUUUCGAUGCACGGGCGCGUUGGCGUUUUUUUCUGGGUUGGAAUACAAAGGUAAUGUGUGGAAAUUGGGUGUUAUAGAAGUCACUUGUCGUCGCUAGUGCUGAUGGGAAUGCUCUACUAGUGAGGUACCUAUUCACAGAUUUAUGUCUCGGGUAGCCGCAUGAUGUAAUGCAGAUUUCCAUGGUUCACGGCGGCGCACUUAAAAGAUGUUACGUACAACCAGUGCGAUUGUCAGGCAGCGAGAUAGUAAAAAGACGUUGUUUUAACUUUCCUCAGAGAAUCACUUGCAGGGCUUAGGGGUCUCAGAUCACUAGAAUGAGACCCUUGAAGCUAUCUAGGUACGUACUACUACUAACUAGGUAUGGAUAGGUGGGAAAUCCUCGAAGAACUUGGAAACGACGUUGGCAGUCGAUUCAAUUUUGUAGACACCAUGAGAUAUCACGCUGAUAAAUCUAAUCUAUGAUAUCAAUGUAUGUAAGCUUAUGUAUGUAGGUACCUAGGUAAUAGUAGGUAAAUAUCUUAGGCGAUAGCGAACAAUUCGAUUCAAUUGCCAUGUCAU